AUGCUGAUCACUAAGAUGCUGCGGCAGGUUGUGGGCCAGAUGCUGGGGAGCCCAGCCUGUGGCUGCUGGACAGCUGCCCCGCCGCUCCGGUUUCUGGGCACCUCCCCUCGGCAGAUUCCAGCAGAUACCAACUUUCACUCUGCCUCCUUCUCUGGAACAGACCAGCCACGUGUCUUAAUUACAGGGGGUCUUGGCCAGCUUGGAGUAGGGCUUGCUAACCUUUUGAGGAAACGAUUUGGGAAGGACAAUGUGAUUUUGUCUGACAUAAGGAAACCCCCCGAUCACAUCUUCCACAGCGGCCCGUUUAUUUAUUCCGACAUUCUGGAUUAUAAGAAUCUUCGGGAGAUCGUGGUAAACAACCGCAUCACCUGGUUGUUUAAUUAUAGUGCUCUGCUCAGUGCCGUCGGGGAAGCGAACGUGUCCUUGGCCAGGGCCGUCAAUAUCACCGGAUUGCAUAACGUCCUGGAUGUCGCCGCAGAGCACAGUUUGCGAUUGUUUGUGCCUAGCACAAUCGGAGCUUUUGGACCUACUUCUCCCCGGAAUCCAACUCCCGAUCUCUGUGUGCAGAGGCCCAGGACCAUCUACGGGGUGUCCAAGGUCCACGCCGAGCUCAUGGGAGAAUAUUACCAUUACCGGUAUGGGUUAGAUUUCCGAUGCUUGAGAUAUCCUGGAAUUAUUUCAGCGGACUCCCAGCCUGGAGGAGGAACAACUGAUUAUGCAGUCCAGAUCUUCCACGAUGCCCUAAAGAAUGGCAAAUUUGAGUGCAACCUGAAACCCAGCACGAGGCUCCCAAUGAUGUAUAUUGAUGACUGCCUCAGGGCCACUCUGGAAGUCAUGGAGGCCCCGGCAGAGUCCCUCUCCAUAAGGACCUACAAUGUCAAUGCCAUGAGCUUCACCCCUGAGGACCUGGCCCAGGAGGUUCUCAAGCACAUACCAGAAUUCCAGAUCACAUACAACGUGGAUUCUGUUCGACAGGCCAUCGCGGAUAGUUGGCCGAUGAAUUUUGAUGACAGCAAUGCUCGGAAGGACUGGGGGUGGAAACACGAAUUUGAUCUUCCAGAGUUGGUGACAACGAUGUUGAACUUCCAUGGUUCUGAUACUAGAGUUGCCCAUGCUAACUGAGGGAAUUGGAAAGGAGAGCUCACGUGUCCCGGACUGCUGUCCAAGGAAAACCAUAAUGACCCCGAGGAAACUAGAUUAUCUGGAAUGGAAGGACUAAUUGGAUGAGAUUUUGGCAGCUCAUAUUGAACUGCCGGAUUGGAAAAUCAGGUUGGCUUUUGCAUUUUCAAAAUGCUGUAGGCUUGGUGGUAGGACUUCUAAACCUUUGCUGUUUGCCUAAACUUGCCCAAACACACAUAUCACAGAACGAAGACUUCAGUCAGAAUAAUUGCCAUUUCCUUAAUUCAGAUGAAUUAAGCCUUUUGGGGAAGGUGGAUAUAUGUGAUGUUUGUCUUGAAUUAAAUUUAAUUUAAAUAUCACUCCUAAGACUCCAUUAUUCUCGUGACUAGAUACCAAAGAUUACAUUUUAAAGACUAUCAAAGAUGAUCUCCUAAUUUAAAUACUGUCCCAUCAGAACAUAAAUGUUUGCUGUAUAAUCCCAUGUUCAUAAUGAUCAAGAGAUCUUAACAUUUUUUCAAAAAUUAUUACUUCUAAUUUACUUUUCUGUAAAAAGAUAGAAAAUGAAGAAUAUCAAAAACAAUCUGGCCAGUAAUAGGGAGCACCUCUUAUUUGGAUUACCUUCCUGU